UCUGAACACAUUCUAUAUGCCGAGCAUGAGAAUGAGCAUCUCCAUAUCCUACUUGUAAUUCUUUGGUUCUCAAAAUUUCUGAAAGCGAUUGCUGUCUUCGCGCUGCAGUUAAGGUGUUCGACGAAAUUCUCAAGCGGGAUAUUCUCAUCCAAAACCUUUUCAUUUUUUCAAUCCGCAGUAAAAGUUGGUACAAUUGGAUUGAUUUCUCCUCUUGAGUCAUGAUUGGGGUUCGUAGAGCCGUGCACGGGCUUUGGAGGCAAGUGCAUACAAAAACCUGGGAAGGUCCCAGCGAGAACUUGAAGAAAAAGGUUGCUGAAAUUGAAAGGAAGAGGAAAGGCAAGAGCGCCCGGAAGAAUCAAAUGUUUAUCAGGGUGCCGGACUCAAUGGAAUGGCUGGACACUCCCACCAUGCCGAUGAUACUCAUCGCUGUUGGGUCUGCUGUUGUUGCAAAGAUCUUGAUGACGUAUGAUGACUCAAAGUCUCAAGAGACAAUUGAGGAGAAUAUUAAGAAUGCCCCUGAAGGUUUUGGGACAGUAAGGAUGCUCACCCGCGAGGAAUGGGAUGCAAUUCAAGAAGUGCGGCCAAGGACUCCAUUUGAAUCUACACUUGCACGUCCCAAUGCACGCAUAAGGACUGGGGAGCCCAUCCACUUGGAGGAUGUGAAGGACUGGACAGCUGAUGUUUUCUCAGAUGCACUCACACGGGCUGAAGAAUGUGUUAAACGUGGAUCAAGCUAGAUAAUUGCAAUUCUUCCAUAUUUAAAAGACACAGUGCCAUAUAGCGGGAAUUUUUGGUGAAUUCUAUCAUACAACGUUGCUUAGAAUCUUUUUCCUCUAAUCAAAAUGUCAAUGUGGUCUCCUAAAUUGUACACCACCUGCUUGCUAAGCUCUGGGUUUCAGGGUUAUGAUCAGAUGCCUUUGUAAAGUUCAAGAGCUCCAUGAAUUAUAUGAAUACACCGACUUUCAAUACCAUAUUGUAGCAGAAUUUACAUUAUUCAGUUUGUAUUGUCACUGCUUGAAUAAAUGUCAGAUUGCUAUUUGAAGUGCAAAGAUGUAUUGUUUUUUUUGUUGCA